AUGUCUACAAUCGAAUUUUGGAAUCGCCCAUCGCCGUUGCAAAAUUUACUUAAACUGCAACGUUUACUUGGCCUCUGGAAGUGGCAGCGAUGGGAUGAAAAUGAUGCCUGGAAUUGGCUGAAGCGUUUUUAUCCAUUCGCUCUGCAUCUGCCAUUGACAUUCACUCUGAUUGUACUGACGUGGCUGGAGAUUCUAACCUCCAAUGAUUUGGAGCAGACUGGCAGAGUAAUCUACAUGGCGUUGACAAUGUUGCCGCUGUUGAUAAAGCUCAUCAACAUCUGGUAUCGACGCAUCGAAGCCCAUCAUUUUAUGGACGAGCUGAUGAAGUGCAUCGAGACGGAAGAUGUGCAUUUACUUAAAAACGAGGAAAUCCACUUUAAGCGCAUCUUCUACGCAUAUCUAGGAGGUGCGCUCACCGUGGCAUUAUUUGGUUUCGUCAGCGUGUUCUUCCAGGACACAUAUGAGCUGCCCUUCAGCUACUACGUGCCCUUCGAGUGGCGCAAUCCAGAGCGUUAUCUCUAUGCCUGGGGCUACAAUGUGCUGGCCAUGACUCUCAGCUGCACAACUAACUCCUUGCUGGACACCAUGGGCUGCUAUUUCAUGUUUCAGAUUGGUCUACUCUAUCGCUUUCUCAACAUACGCUUGCUGGCUCUGCAGCAGAAGCCGGAGCGCGAAGCUCUGCCAGAGCUGCGACGCAUCUUUCAGCGACACGCUCGAGUUCGUCUUCUAACACGACAAUGCGAACUGCUCGUCUCGCCCUAUGUGCUCUCUCAGGUGGUGCUGAGUGCCUUCAUCAUCUGCUUUAGUGGCUACCGGUUGGUGCAAAUGGGUUGGCAAGAAAACCCCGGAUUAUUUCUGGCCACGCUGCAGUUUGAGGCCGUGAUGAUCGUGCAGAUAUUUCUGCCCUGCUACUAUGGUAACCAGUUGACCAUCAACGCCAACCAGCUAACAAACAGCGUGUUCAACACCAAUUGGUUGGAGUACUCGGUGAAGACGCGCAAGGAACUCAUCUGCUACAUGGAAUUUCUCAAGCGACCUGUCAAAGUGCGUGCUGGCAUCUUUUUCGAAAUUGGUUUGCCCAUCUUUAUGAAGACCAUCAACAAUGCCUACAGCUUCUUUGCGCUGUUGCUGAAUCUAUCGCGUUAA